AGGUGGAGGGAAGGCAGAAGGACAGGGGCAGGGCCCUGGGAGCAGCACAACAGCCUCCCAGCUCAAGACAGCCACCUUGCCUCUGCUCCGCUCUGUCACUGCCCUGCCCUGCCCUAGUCCCUGGGACCCCCCCCACCCCGACCCGGACUUCCUCAUCGGGCCAGCCGUUCUCUGGAUUCCAGCCUCUGGUCAUUGGGCCCUGCCCUCUCUCUCCAGGCCUCCAUCCCUGUCCCUCUUCCUCUUCAUUCCCUUCCUCCACCUCCCUCUUCGCAGAACCUCUCUUUUUGUCCACCGCCCCCUCCCCUUCUGACCUCUUCCCUUUGGAGGGCUCAGUGUGGCCCAGGCCUAAGGGGAGAUGCGGCAGGCUCAGUUCCUGGUCUCGCUGCUUCUGCAACUGCUGUGGGUGGCUCCAGUGGAGGCUCCAGAGCCUGGGGCAGAGGUCACAGUGGUGUGGGCCCAGGAGGGGGCUCCUGCCCAGCUCCCCUGCAGCCCCACAAUCCCCCUCCAGGAUCUCAGUCUUCUGCGAGCAGGAGGGGUCACUUGGCAGCACCUACCAGACAGCGACCCGCCGGGUCCCGGCCCCAGCCGCCCCUCAGCCCUCGGCCUUCGACCCCCGGCGCCCUCCCCGCGGGGACCCGGGCCUCGCGUCUACACAGUGCUGAGGCUGGCCACCGGCGGCCUGCUGAGCAGGCGGCUGCCCUUGCCACCGCACGUGCAGCUGGCCGAGCGCGGCCUCCAGCGCGGGGACUUCUCACUGUGGCUGCGCCCGGCCGGCCGCGCCGACGCCGGCGAGUACCGCGCCGCCGUGCGCCUCCGGGACCGCGUCCUCCCCUGCCGCCUCCGUCUGCGCGUGGGCCAGGCCUCCAUGACUGCCAGCCCUCCAGGGCCUCUUAGGACAUUGGAUUGGGUCAUUUUGAACUGCUCCUUCAGCCGUCCUGACCUCCCAGCUUCUGUGCACUGGUUCCGCGGGCCGGGCAGAAUCCCUGUCCAGGAGUCCCCCCAUCACUACUUCACCGGAAGUCUCCUCUUCCUGCCCCAAGUCAGCCCCUUGGACUCUGGGCCCUGGGGCUGCAUCCUCACCUACAGAGAUGGCUUCAAGGUCUCCAUCAUGUACAACCUCACUGUUCUGGGUCUGGAGCCCUCAGUCCCUCUGACAGUGUAUGCUGCAGCAGGCUCCAGGGUGGAGCUGCCCUGCCACCUGCCUCCUGGCGUGGGGACCCAGUCUUCCCUCACUGCCAGGUGGGCCCUUCCUGGGGGAGGCCCUGACCUCCUGGUGGCUGGAGACAAUGGCAACUUUACCCUUCGACUAGAGGCUGUGAGCCUGGCCCAAGCUGGGACCUACACCUGCUGCAUCCAUCUGCAGGGGCAGCAGCUCAGUGCCACGAUCACUUUGGCAGUCAUCACAGUGACGCCCAAGUCUUUGGGGUUCCCUGGCAACCUGAGAAAAUUGCUCUGUGAGGUGACUCCGGCAUCCGGACGAGAGCGCUUCAUGUGGAGCCCCGUGAAUGAGCCAUCUUUGAGGGGUUCCCCAGGACCCUGGCUGGAGGUGCAGGAGGCCAGACUCCUCUCCCAGCCCUGGCAGUGCCAUCUGUACCAGGGAGAGAGGCUUCUUGGAACAGCGGUAUACUUCACUGAGCUGUCUGGCCCAGGAGCCCAACGCUCUGGGGGAGCCCCAGGUGCCCUGAAAACAGGCCUUCUCCCUCUCUUUCUCAUCCUUGGUAUCCUCUUUCUGCUCUCUUUGGUAACUGGAGCCCUUGGCUUUCACCUUCGGAGAAGACAGUGGCGAGCAAGAAGAUUCUCUGCCUUAGAGCAUGGGAUUCACCCACCUCAGGCUCAGAGCAAGAUUGAGGAGCUGGAGCCAGAGGCACAGCCGGAGACGGAGCUGGCGCUGGAGCCGGACCCGGAGCUGGAGCUGGAGCAGCCCUGAGCUGAAGCUGAGGCAGCUGGCUAAUCUCCGCAGCUCAGUCCAAAUAAAGUCCCUGUCAGCAGCAA